AUGUCCAAGCUUGACGGCCCCUACCGUCGCUUCCGAAGCUUCAGCAGGGGCAGGCCUUGCUAUGUCAAGAAGAGCAAGCACCUCGUGUACCUCUAUUGGCAGGGUGGCCAGUGGCGUAUUGGCAGAGAAUUCGGAAGCAAGGACUCUAUGGCAAGGGUCAAGGACUUUCAGGAGUCGAAGACUGAGACUCCCUGUCUACCCUACGAGCCGUACCCGUCCACGUGGAAGGUGUGGCAGAGGGCCGACGCCGAUGGCUCAGGUGCUGACACCAAGAAGAAGGCCGCCCCAGUUCCUCAGAUGCGAGUCUAUGAGAAG